GCCAGAAGUGGGAUAGUCAAAUGUUUCGGCACUGACGCUCGGGCUUCGGUAUUAUUCGUAAACUCAAGUGCCCCCCAAUCCGCCGAUGAGAACUGCAACUGUUUGUACAGCUGACACACUUCCUAUUUCGAUCAGGUUGAACGGGAUUUCUGGGCUGAGCGGCCACCGCUGCUGUCCAUGCGUGAGCCUUUUCUCCCCCCUCCGUGGAUGGUGCGGAGUAAUAUCAUCUGGAGAGGCCGAGGCCGACAUUUUACCCCGGUCCGGAGGAGCAUUAACUCGGAGGGGACAUCCGAGGACACGCGUUAAGGCUGAGAAAUUGUGAGCUGCGACAUGUGAAAAGAGCUCAACCCCUUGACCCACUGACCACUCAAUCUCAGACCUGAACUCAGUCGUGUUCUUGCAGCAGAACUCACUCACACUCACGUUGGGACUGCGACCUGACACCCUACUGCCUCGGGCAUGCCUCAGCCGGGUAUGAAUGGGAUGGAGCCUGCAUUUGGCGAGGCCUACGGAGGGCAUAGGGGUCUACUGAGCCCCUACCCUCUGGCCAUGUCGCCACAGGGAGGCAGGACAGAGUACGACCAGAGUGUGCUCCUUAUGUUGGGCUCCCCAGCAUUGCCAAGGAAACGGCCCUUUGAGUUGCUAAGCGACCUGGUGGACGACGGAGGCUUUGGCGAAGACCUGCACCCGGAGCGCUGGGAUGUGUCUGCGCUGGAUGAGAUGGCCCGCUACACCAAGCUGGGCCUUGGGGUCGGAGGAGAGCUGCUGCCCUGCUCUGAGGAGGCUGUGCUGAUGGGCUGCUGGGGGAGGAGCCAUGAGGACGAGGAGGACGAGGAGGAUGAGGAGGAGGAGAGGAGGAGGAGGAACAAACAUGCGGUCCCUCCCGUCACCCAGGAAGUCCAGAACACUGCUGCAGGAAAGGAGGAAGACAAGGAGGAAGGGUGUAUCUCUGCUGCCAGGAUAACAGAGUUAUGUGUUUCAGGAAGAGCGACUGGAGGAGGGCAGGAUGAGGGGUUGUCAAGGGAGCGUACGGUGGAGGUGUAUCAGGUGGCCCAGGAGGAAGAGGAAGCGGCGGCAGCUGCAGUAGGACUGGCUCUGGAGCACUGCAGUGAGGAGCACAACUACUCCCUGAGCCAGGGAGGGGAGCUGGGCGCAGGACCUGGUCACAACUCCGAGACAGAGGAGGUGCAGGUGGCAGAGAAUCCGCAAGAAGUGCGGGGCAGGGAUGAAAGCCAGGCCCAGACUGAACUGAAGCUGGAGGAAGAGGACGAGGAGCAGGACGAAGAAGAGGACGAGGAUGAGGAAGAGGAAGAGGAAGAAGGAGAGGAGGGAACAGAGGAGACGGUGGUGGAAGUUGAAAUCUCGAGCUCCUCUGAAACUGAAUGUGAGGUGGAAGCAGAGCCCGCCAGGCAGCCGGGCGAGCGACCGUCGAAGCGUCGCUGUUUCUGGGAGUACAGGCGAGCUCGGGAGUCAGCCACGAAGAAGAAACUGGGCGGUGACGUCCACUGGUCUCUCUCCUGGAGCUCCAGCACUCUGCCCAGCACACUGUACCGCCGAGAGGGGAAAAAAGGGCGACGCAAAGCCCGCAAAACAGACGCCAGCGACCUGACGCCCAACCCCCAGAAGCUCCACAACAUCGGGGAGCAGCUGCAGAAGCUCAAUGCAGCGAUCGAUGGCAUGGGUCCGGUCAACGACCUGCCCGCUGUGGCCCGAGCCCGUUCACGCAAGGAGAAAAACAAGCUGGCCUCAAGGGCCUGUCGGCUGAAGAAGAAGGCCCAGCAUGAAGCCAACAAGAUCAAAUUGUGGGGGCUCAACCAGGAAUAUGAAAACCUGUUGGGAGCUCUGCUGCGGAUUAAGGAGGUGAUCAGACUGCGGGUGGAGAGCAGCGAGGAGGAGGACACAGACGAGCGAGGGAUGACCCAGCGCCUUGAAGACAUCCUCAGAGAGUCCAGUGGUCCCUUAGUUGCUGGGCGGACCAAAGACUUUGUGCAGAGGAUUUUGGCAGCCAGUGCAGGCGGUCAGAACCAGCACAAAGAGCCCCCACAGGGAGGGGAUGAGGCAGCGGGAUAAAACCCACACAACAGCCCCGUUUCUCUCCGUACCCCCUCGUUCCACCCCCUGCCCUCCCAGCACCACCAUCCUGAUGAGACCAAGCUCCUCUGCACCUCCUCCGCUCUCGUGUCGUACCGAUUUAAGCUAAGAGAUGGCAAAGUGGAGAGGCUGGGAAUGAAGAGGAGGUGAGGAAGAAGAGGAAGGAGUAGCCUAAACAGAACAGUAGUUAAUUGCUACCUUGCUCCUGGUCCUCUCCUGUUGGCCCUCCAAACAGCAGCCGUCUUCACUGCUCUGUCUCUGCAGGCUGCACCACAACCACCACCAGGCCAGAGCUGCUGCUGCUGCUGCUGCUGCUGAUGUCUCUGUAUCGUGUGUUCUCUCUGUGUGCGUGUGUAUGUGUGUGCGUGUAACAUACUUUAUGAGCGUGUAUAGUGUUCCUCUCUCCCUCUGUGUGCUGUAUUUGUACCCCAUUGUGCCUAUGAAUAGACAUUGCACUGUUUUGUAGAUGGUCGUAGUUGUCGUCAGGGGACCGGUAGUGAGCUGAGGGCAAGGGGCAUUUGAGGAUAGAGGAAGUUUCUAAAAAUAAGGAAGUGGGAGGAGCCCAGGCACGGAAAACAAAGAGGAGGGUGUGUAUGUGUGUGUGUGUGUGUGUGUGUGUUUUUGUUUGUUUGUUUGUUUGGCUGGGCUCCUAUAGAAGCACUGCAUACCAUUUGAAUUGCACCAGCAUCUGAAAUGUCAGUAAGUGUUGAGACACACAAGCGAUGGAGACCCAAUGCCAGACCAGCUGUUAAUGGAAACAAGAGCGUGUUUGUUGUGGAACAGUCCUUGGAGCUUUAAUAGUCAUCCAUCUCUCUCUGACACCCCCCCGUCACCCCAUCAAAAUGUUAAGCAAAGAUCAAAAGGAAGCGCAAACUGCACCUUAAUUCAAACUGACCAAAGAUAAGUGAUACUGCUGAACCACUCGCGCACCUCUCACUGCUUCAGAUGCUGCCGACCAUUAACACGCCAUUCUGUCCUGCAGAAAGAGGGGGGUGAAGUGACUGAAAUACUUUAAUUCUUGUCUUGUUUACCUGCAUGCGUUCUUUAAAGACGGUUAUCACCCAGCGGAUUUUGAUUCUUAUCGCAUAAGUGCACUACCACCACGGGCCCGAGAGGCCGUGGUGUAGCGGGCAGGACUUGACCGACACCUUUGUCGAUCAGUCAGCCUUUUAGCUCUGCAGCCUGGUGCUCCUUUAGCUUAUCUGCAGUGGAUUUCUUUUCUUUUUUUUAACCCACAAAGGGAAGUGUCCUCAAUGCUCCCCCAAGCCCUCUCCUCAACUGCCUGACCUGAUUAUGUAGCGCAACUUCCUAAAUUGCAAUGACAAAUAGAGAAAGAGAGAGAGAAAAAAAAAAAAAAGAAACACUUGUAGAUCUAGAAAGCAAAUAAUUUGUUUUUGUUGAUAUGAUUUUGUUGUUAUUUGAUGAUGCCACAGCCCACAAAGUGGGUGUCAGUCUUAAAGUUUAAAAAAAAAAAAAAAAAAAAAAAGCCUUUUCCUUCUGUGGUCUCUGCUAAAGCUGGAGGCCAACCUGUCCACGCUCUGUAAAUGUUGUUGGACAUUAAAAAAAAAAAAAAGUUAGACCUUUGAAUUGCACUGUGGUAAGAGCAACAAAGCACCUUUUGAAGAGGGCUUCAAAUCCUCCAAAAGAGAGAGCCAGAAAAAAGACUCUUGGCACCUUUUUUCUAAAGACAGAUAUUGAUUGAGAGACUUGAGGGUGCCCAGCGCUCUGUGACCAACUGGUGGUUUCGGUUUGUUUCAGGAUGGUGCUACUAUAUGAUAAAAGGAAAGCAAUGCAAACCAGCAUGGAGGCAUGAGGCAGUAACUGCUGACUGGGUUUUGGCCUGCGAGGACGUGCUGUUGUAAUAGGCAGUUUGUUUGCAUAAUGACGCCUUUCUCAAGUGCCUGGAGCUUAAAACCACAGGGACCUGUGUUAUUAAAACCUAUUAAAAGGUAAAACUGAACUCGUGACCGCUGCUCCAAGCUUGGCCUCGCUUGACUCUAAGUAGGCUUAUCUGGGGUCACCAAAAAAAAAAAAAAAAAGUGAAGAUAAAUACUUCCUCUCAGAUUAAAUCUAUACAUCUACAUGCUGUUUUCGCGUAUACGUGGAAACCUAUCUGUGAAAACAGUAGCGAGCACUGGUUUCUCUGAACAUCGUAUCUGGGAAAUAUACGUAGAGGGAGCGGCUGUUUCGCUGAGCAGUUCCCUUUUGUUUUUUAACCUUGACAAGUUCCCAUCUGGGCUGCAUUCCAAAGCUGCUGUUCUAUAACACACUGCUCCCCUCCUAUGGAAAAACAAACAUUUCCUGUCUCAUGCAGGAAUGGAGCAGUUAAACUCUUCACCUCUCGGAGGUCUUGCUUGUUGUCGUUUUUAAAAGAGUAUGGGGCCGUUUGGUUCUGCUCCUGUUUUUAGUUUUCUGUAUCUGCUUAGUUCUGGGAAAUGUUGCUCGUGGUUGUAUAAAGCUGUACUGUAAACAGAGGAUUCCUGUCGCUCAGCUGGAAUGGCUUCCUUGUGGAGCUCUGCUGCUGGUGAACGGAGCUUUUAAGCUCUGAUGCCAAAGACAGAUAGUCUGUGGUUUUGUGAGAGAGAAAAAAAAAAAGUAGAAAUUAAUAAAGAUGCCUGAUGGAGGAGCAGGAGGCUGUGAUGUCAAUAAGGCGUCUUUAGUAUUACCACAGAAACCUGGUCGGGCUUUCAUGUGAUCAUCCGUGAGAAUACACAUGAUCUUGGACAAGGUCACCGAGUGCAGCUAAAGGUGUGCACUACACCCAUAACCUUCCUCCUCUCACUUUCUCCUGGAGGGGCGGGGUGCUGGGAAUCUGCCGAUGCUGCCAGCAGAGUCACGGGAUCUUGUGCUGGCAGCAGCUCGUGCAGCAACAACAGACAACAAGAGGGAAGAGCGGAGAACAACUGCACAUAUCGCUGAGGUUUUUAAAAUGCUGUACGACCCAUCUGUCAUGUCAGAGGAGCAGGAUGAGGUCUUUGCGUUUGGAAAAAAAAGUGCACAAGUUUGUGGUGAUAUUUUCCUUCCUUCAGAACAGUGUUACAUAACACGGCAUACCAUCUGCUGCGUACAUUCAUCUAUAUGCCAAAAACUGAGAACGGUUGUAACACGGUGAAUUCCUGCCUCCGAUCCAAACAACAAACAAGACAGCAGGUUUUACGCAAUUAGUGAGCUUGCAUAAGGGCCUUAAACUGAUGCUGUAGCAUUUGUCCUCUUUUGUAUUGUGGAAUAUCCCUUUAACUGUAAAGCUUUAAUGGGGAGUGGCCGGUCCUGGCAAGGCCACUCGUUUCUAUUUCUCACAUUCCUGAAUCAGUUCCUCUGAAGAGUUUCUGUUUGUGUGCACCUGGAAGGAGGGGCGAGAUAUUGUAAGGAAAAAAACAGCUGAGCUAACCCAGAAAUGCCAGCUGUGUGGUCACUUUUCACCUCUUCACGGUCAUAACAGGGUCAGCUGACUCUAACCCAGCUUGGGUUUAGAAAACACAAAACAAAGAGUCUCGGCUGACAGUUUUGUCCAGAUUUGUCCUGAUGUGGACAUAAACUCUGCAGAAAAACCCGACGAUUCUUCUCCGACUUACUUCCUCGUCGGGUGUCACCAUCUGCCAGAGACAGAGAGAAGUAAACGGUUGUGAAACCUGCCUGUCGCUCAUGUGCAUGUAGGCUUUUUUUUUUUUUUUUUUUUAGAACAUUUUGGAGAAAAAGGGAAGGUCCCUGGAUCCGCCUCAGCCGUUUAGGGAAUAGUGACAAUUUGAAACUUAAGAGCUCCUUCAUGUGUGGGAUACACAGAGGGCACGAGUCUCAGGCUGUUACUGAUUUGUUGCCAGUGUGGAAAGGUCCAGUGGAUGAAUGACAGAAAGGUUUUAAUCUUUUUAUUAAUUUUUCUUAGAAUGAAAUUCACUUUUGAAUGUAAUUCAAAGCGUGUAUCAUUUACUGUUGUUAUUCAUUUUAUAUUUAGCGACGCAUUAAAUGCUGUUAAGGAUACACAGAUACAAAAAGAUGGGGGAAAAAAAAGGGGUGUGCGAUAUGAUGAUGAUAAGGGCAGGUACUCGGCAGGCUUAUAAAGCAGUAAAAACACUGUAUUUCAUGUUGUAAACAGGCUGAUGAAGGAUGUACUGUGUGGAGAUGCUCUGCUUUGAAAGGGCUUCCAGGGGAAAUUUGAACUGCAACCAAAACACGACAAAAUGAAUUAACAACAAUUCUGAUCAAAAGUAAGUGAUGUUAACAACCAGAGGUACCUAACCGUCCCUUUUCCUGGCCUCUGUGAUCAGGGAUUUUGUGUCUUUCUUUCAUCUUAUUUCAUUGUAAAUUAAAAGUCUGUAGCUUUCAAAUCGUCCGGAAACAGUUUUUAUUAUUUUUUAACUAUUUAAAGACAUUUUCUGGACUAAAUAAUCAUUGAUCAAGUGAUUUUUUUUUUUUAAGAUCUGAUAUUUCAUAGCUGCCUGAGAAAGCGGCGUUUAAAGCUCUGUGUGUGCCCAUGUUUGUAAAGUGUAAGUUAAAUACAUGAAGAAGCAGUGUCGAGAGGCAGAAAUGGUCCCCGGGUUUAUGUGGCUGCAGUGGCGUUUAGGCCUCGUGGACCUGCUGGGUUGAAUAGACUCAUCAGUAAGACUACACUGGUGGGACGCUGCUGACCUCCGAGUGCCCGUCCCCUCUCUGCUCCACUGCUCACAUUGUUGGAGACACUUGGGCUUCUUGAGUUUCAAAGGCGGACGGGCCUCUGGGCAGAGGAGGCCGGGGGAAAACGGCACUUAGUCAGGGACCCCUGAGUAGUUUAUUUGAAACCUUUUAAUCCCCACCACCACCUCCGCCCGCUGUCACACUGAUAUCUGCAGAGGAGGGCGUCAGUCGAGCCUCUGCCGUCUGCUGUAGUGGUCUGCAUCUCGACGCCCCCAUCUCAAUUGUCGCUGAUCUGGGAAGGAAGCCAGAUGGGGAGAAGGCGUCAGUUUCGACCUGCGGGUCCACAUUGCGUUUGCUUCUCAGUCAAACUAAGAUGGAAGAAGCCAGAUGAGGCUGGAGGCAGUCGGUGUGCCUCGUGUGUUGUCAAUAAAUUUAAAACAGAGAUCCGAGCAUCUGUUUUUAGAACCUCUGGCAUGACUCUGAACCGGCUUCUUUCUGUGACUAACAAGGUCCUACUUGUGCACACCAUGUUCUGCCAAAACGGGAUCGCUGCCUUCCAAGCAAGUAGCAUCAAGUGAGAACAACAAAACUAAUGAUUAAAAAAAAAGAAUUCAGGCAGCCACCCCUUCAAGGCUUAAAUGAACUGAGAGGUAUUUUUGGGAAUGCUAUUGGUUAAUUGUAAAUCUUGCCCUCUGGGUGGGUUACAUGUGAGGUUUUGGUCUUGUGUGGAAACAGCAGUCGUUAUGUCAUUCUUAACUAAUUUGCCUAAUCUUUUUACACAAUCUAAAAGAUCCUAAUCUUUUAGCAUUUUGGCAGCGGCCCGAAAUCCACACAGGUGGAAAGCCAUAUUAUUUGUCUGAUAAUUCCAUUAAAAAUCCUCCGAAAGGCACCAACACCACCUAUAUGGUCGGGACGUCGACUUAGGAGGCACCCGGUUACCUGCAGCUGCCCGUCAGUCAAACUGGCCGUGGCCCCCCUAACCUUAAGCUAAAUCCAAAUGGGUGAAUGAUGUUACUGUAAAUGUUGAAAUUAGCUGUAGAGACCAAAACUGUUUUUUGUAUCAGGCUUAAUUUCAUAGCUGAAGUGAGUCAUUUAACAGGGGGGUCCAUGAGACUGACUCGCCUUUGCAGCAAGCCUCAAGUGGCAGUUAGAGGAACUGCAACCUUUGCCACAUCUGUGGUGCCUCAUUUUUUCAGCCCCAGAGGUUGGGAUUUAGUGGACACGGUCCGAAGGAAUCUUUCAGUUCUCUUUAAAAAAAAAUAAAAGCUCUUACUUUGUACCAUCGGGGGAAACGUGGCUGAUGUCUCGCAGUGACCAAAAAAACCUGAAAGUCUAAAUGCAGACGUAUUUAUUUUCACUGAACCUUUCACACUGUUAGUGGUUUUUGAAAACCUGCCUGGUUGUAGCAUCCGAUACGUGAACCAACGGUAGCCGCAGAGCUGAUGUAAUGAUGAUACCUGACGGCAGCUGAGACACACCUCGUGGCGUAGUAAACCAAAACCGAGUUCAGUCGUUUCUGUCCAGAUCGAUGAUGAGUCAAAGCCAAAGGCCGGGUUGUGGAUGUGAGCAGUUAGAAAAACACGUCUCAUUAGAAAUGAAAAUGAUACUCCGGUAUUCAAGAGAGAAAUCCUGUGGAGAGAAUAAAGAGUGAAUAAUCACAUCCUGCUGGUCCUUUAAUCUGUCUGAAAAACACACUGAAUGAUGGAGGAAGGAAAACUAAGAGACCUAGCAAACAUUCCACAAUAACAUGUCAUAUACUGUACAGCAACCCUGUCUCCUUCUCUUCCCUUUCUCUCCCCCUCCUGCACCCCUCUGUCUGUCUCUCAGUAAUCCAGUAAUCACAUACUACAGUAAUACUUUGGACCUGUUAACACAUUAACACAUCUUUAUGUAAGUCAGUAAGUAAUCCUAAAGAAAAUAAUACAAAAAAAAAGACAAUAAAAAUACAAGAAGUGCCGUACAAAUAGAAGCCUAAUAUUUUUUGUUUUGUUUUGUGUGAGUGUACUGUACACCUGUAUAAUGUAUAUUUUAAUAUUUAUAUGCAGCUGUUGUAUUAAAGUAUAUUUUUAAAAUAA